AUGGCAGCGAACUCUUCAUUCUUUCUAGCAGAUAAUUGUGCUCCACAUAAUCAAUCAUUUAUACAAUUUUGCAUACACGCAGCAUCAAAAAAGAAGGGUAGGAUAGCAUUAAUGUGUUUAGCUAAUUUAUUCCUCUUAUUCAGUUUUCAUUUACUAUAUGCCAGGUUCUGCAGCGGAUUUCCCUAUGUAGUUCCAAGCACGGCCAGAUCUACAAAUCAAAUUUUUCACACAAAUCUCGAGCAAUUAGUCAAUAGUCCAGAGAAUAAACAGAUUUUUAGCCAGCUCAAGUUCUCCGAUCAAGCAUUUUACGAUCCCCACGAUAAUGUCGUUGGAACAACCGAGUUCCCAGUUUUCAAUCAAUACCAAAGACAGCCCUAUGUUGCCAAUGGAUACAUUGGAAGCAGAAUACCAAACUUAGGACAAGGGUUUACUUACGACCAGCUCACCAACUCACUGACAGCAAACGAUGACGACUUGUUGAAUGGUUGGCCACUUUUCAAUAAGAGAUAUUCUGGCGCGUUUGUUGCUGGAUUUUACGAUUUACAAAAAAACACAACAGGAACCAAUUUUGCCGAGUUAUUAGAAAAUGGGUAUGAAAGUGUAAUAGCUGCUGUGCCACAGUGGACUGCUUUGUCAUUGAGUGUCGAAAUAUUGGGCAAAAAGUAUACGCUCGACCCCUCGUUAGAGCAUGAAGCAAUUGGUGACAUCACCAAUUAUGUCCAAAACAUGUCAUUGUCGGACGGAAUUGUUACUACUCAGUUUACUUGGCUAAAUACCUUUGAUGUAAAAUACGAAAUUCUUGCUCAUCGUGAGAAUAUAAAUUUGGGAUUGGUCAAUAUGCAAGUCUACAAUCCAGGAAAUGAAAGCGUACAAGUCAUUGUUUCUGAUGUGCUUGACUUUAAUUCUUCACAAAGAUGUCAAUUGAAUCAAAUUUCACACGACAAAAAUGGGAUUUAUGUCACAUUCCAUCCUCAAGGGUUGAGUUAUAUUGAUGGUGCAAUAUACUCUACAUUAUCAGCCAAUGGCCAGAUUACCAGAGAACAAACUAACGAAACAGUCUUCCAAAAUGUUGAACUUACUAUUGAGCCCCAUUCAUGUGUCCAAGUUGCCAAAUAUGUUGGGAUUGCGACUACAGAUUUGGAUCCAGACUCUUUUAAGACUGCAGAUGACGUGUUAAAGUUUGCAAGAAAAGUUUCCCAAAAUAAAAAGCAUGGCGAUGCUACUCAAUUAGUUAACUCGCAUAGGCUGGCAUGGUCAAAGAUAAUACAAGAUGCUCCUUUGGUUACAUUUCCAAGUGACUCAUUGUUAAACUUGGGAGCAAGAGCUUCGAUUUUCCAUUUGUUAGCAAACACGAGACCGAAUGCCGAGGGUGUUACAGGAGCUCUUGGUGUAAGUGGUUUGAGUUCCGACAGCUAUGGUGGAAUGGUUUUUUGGGAUACAGAUUUAUGGAUGCUUAAUGGAAUAUUACCAUUUGCUCCAGACCAUAUCAAAAGCUUUAUAAACUAUCGAGUGCAUCUUCACCAGCAAGCUAUUGACAAUGUACCUAGGGGGUAUCAAGGUGCGGUAUACCCUUGGACAAGCGGUAGAUUUGGUAAUUGUACAGGAACUGGACCAUGCUUGGAUUAUGAGUACCAUAUCAAUAUGGCAGUUGCUAUGGCUAGUUGGCAGUUGUACAUUAGCGGAGCAGCCGAUGAUACAUUUUUGGAAUCUGUAGCAUACCCAAUCAUAAAUGAUGCUGCAAGUUUCUUAGCUGAAUAUGUUGUCCACUACAAUGAUACCCUUGGCAAGUAUACGACGAAAAACCUCACCGACCCCGACGAGUUUGCUAACCAUGUAGACAAUGGCGCAUACACCAACACAGGCAUAGUUUUGGUAAUGAGAUGGGCACAGAUUGCGGGCAGCAUUCUAGGAAAGCAAGUUCCUAAAAUUUAUCAUGACAUUGAAACAGCCAUGUUUCUUCCAACUGCAGAGAACACACAAAAUAUAACUUUAGAGUACUCAGGAAUGAAUUCUUCAGUUGGUAUCAAACAGGCAGAUGUUAUUAUGAUGACGUAUCCCUUAGAAAACGAGUUGAUUGACCAAGAUCAAGCAUACAUAAACAUGGAGUUCUAUUCCAUGAAGCAAGUAGGAUAUGGACCAGCAAUGACAUUCCCAAUAUUUUCGAUCGUUGCAUCAAACUUGGCAUUCACUGGAUGUGCUUCUCAGUCAUACUUGCAUAAGGCAAUUCAACCUUUCCUCAGGGGACCCUUUGCACAAUUUGCAGAACAAAAUAAUGACGAUUAUUUAACCAAUGGCGGAACGCACCCGGCCUUCCCGUUUUUAACAGCACAUGGGGGGUUUUUGCAAGCAAUAUUACAAGGCUUAACUGGAAUGAGAUUCGAUUACACAUUUGAGAAUAACAAAUUACAGCGUUUAUUAAAACUAGAUCCAAUUGCAUUGCCUUGUUUGGGUGAAGGUGUAAGGUUUGACAGUAUCAAGUAUGACAACCAUACUCUUUCGAUGGCAAUUAACGAAACACAUUUCACAAUCAAAAAUAAGGGAAAAACAACACCCAAUGCACGAAACUAUGUGACAAUUUUAUUGGCAGAAAGAAAUGCAAUGCACGGAAAGUACACCAUUAAUGACGAAGAUGAACAAUCCUUUCCUUUGUUUGAGACGAGUGAAAGCUUCCCUGAUAGCAUAUCUGAAUGCAACAAAGCAGGCUUUUUUAAUAUUACUGAAGGUGCAUAUGGAGACGUCUCUAUACUGAUUAAUGAUGGAGACAAUACAACAAGCUGGCAAGCCAAAUAUAACGAUACAACAGGUAAGGUUCUUGUUGAUUUGAAGUCUUUUAGAAAUAUUUCUAGUGGAACUUUUAUUUGGGGAGACAAACCACCUAAAAGAGUAAAAGUUUCUAAAUACUCAGGCAGCAGUUUUACAGCUGUCACCGACUUUUUCGCACAAGUGGAUUUUGGUAACGAGUUGUUUAAUGAGUAUAAAUAUGCUAACCCAGAAGGAAAAUUGCAUAACCAAAGCGAUGUGUUUGAAGAGGUGUAUUCCGGGGAUGUGAAGAUUUCCGCUCCUUUUGACCCCGAAGAGUAUUUCCAGGUUUGGGUUCCAACAAGACACAACAUCACGGAAGUGGCUGUGAAUCUACAAACCCGUUUUUUGCUAAUUGAAGUUGAUGAGAUUCACAACACAGAAGCCAUUGAUGGAGAUUAUGGCGGGGCAAAACUAGCUGAAGUUGUUUUUUAUUAA